UUGGCAUUUUGGGAGUCGCAUUGUUCUUCCAGCCUCAACAUUUUGGAUCACCUGAGAAGCACUCGGGGGUCCCUUCGUUUUCCGAGAUCCCCCUUACGGAGCGGGCGGCUCGUUUCGGGGCAGACCUGCGAACUGAAGGAAAACCCCGACGAGUGCUGUGCACUUCAACAUCGACGGCGAUACGGCAGCCCGAUCCCGCACCAGGCUCGGAUGCACCGAAGUGUCUUGACUACAUUAUCAGCAUCCCCGUAGACUUGUCUCUCUGUGUAUAUGUGUGUCUGUGUGUGUGCGUCGGAUCGGCGCUGCGCAGACGGCGGACGAGGAAGCGAGUCAGUGUACGCAGCCAGCGAAGGUGGUUUAUUUUCGUCGCGUUGCCUCAUUGUGAAUAACAUCAUCAGCGGACUUGGAGUUAGACCGCGGACCCACGGUCUUCGUAAUCCGUCCUGGCGCAAGGGGCUCCGGGAGCAUCGCGGACAGAGGAUUCGGCGGCUGCUGACCCGGCCAGGCUCCCGCUACGGAAUGCCGCGCUAACAGCCAUCAUAUGCAGGUGGAUCCCACUCUGGCGAGCGCGGCUGAUGGCGACACAGUGAGCUUCGCCGGCGGCCCUCCGUGUGCGGCGCCCAAGAGCAUGGUGGGCAAUCCGCCGCAGACGCUGUCCCCGGACCUCCGUGGAGACGUGCCUUCUGGCCAGCAGGAGCGGCCGGCAGCGGCGGCAGACGGCAAGACCUCGAAAGGAGGCCCUGCCAAUCCUUGCCCGGGGGUUGCCCCCGAGCCACAGAACGGCGGCGAGACUCUGAACGCCGAGCCGCACAAGAAAGCUGACGUUGCCAGUGCUGGCACGGCCGAGGCCGCGGGGCCGUUUCCCGCUCAGCAGCGAUCUUGCGGCAAGAAGGCCAGUCAGGAAGCGCCCCUAAAUGCCGAGCACAGCAAGGCGAACCCAAACAAAGGGACGAAGAGCCAGGCCCAUCCCAUAAUAAGUCUUCCCCCGGGGUUUCAUUGCUCAUCCCUUUUCAAACCUGGUCAGCCUGUGGCCUUCCUUCCCACCUCAAACUUGGGCUCAUCCUUGUGCAAGAUCACACUGCCACCCGGGCUGGGCCCGAUUGCGGCGCUGAGGGAUGCCACAGCCAACCAGUUCCCAGUGGAGCCACCACCGCAGAGCACCAGCUCCAAUGUGACGGCCCAGCUUACGGGUGCCUACGGGUACCACUUCUCUAUGGGCCUGGCUCCCGGCCCCACCCCUGCACCUACUCCUGAGAGUAAGCCCCCACCGGCGGCAGUGAAGCUGAAGAGCAGUUCCACGGCGGGCAGGAGUUCCAAAGUUGGCGCAGACCGCGGUUCUUCGGUCGGGCUUGUGGCGUCACCCACUAUAGGCCUGCCGUUGAAACAACCGGCGUUGAGUUGGGCCCCACUAGUCCCUCCCGUCUGCAGUAGCCCCACCCUGGCCAGCGUCACCCUGCAUAGCAGGCUGCCAGACCACACUGAGAAAAACCAGCAACGGACUGCGGAUGCAGCGGCGGCGGCCUACGUUAGGCUCGAGUCACCGUCUUCUGUCACUGAGCCCAAGGCUGUAUGUCCUGCUGAGGUCAGGGAUGUGCCCCUUGACUUGUCCUCAAAGUCAAAGCGACAGAAUGUGGAUAGAGAGCCACAGAGGCCACCGAGGGGCUCAGAGCGCCAACAUGCGGGAGCAAGCCUAUCUGAGCCAGUCUCUCAGAAGAAGGCCCCAGCAGCCAUCUUCGGGUCUGCCCCAGCCUACGCCAUAUACCCAGAAGCCCUCAGAAAUGGAGUCCCCACGAAGCAGCCUGCCAAGCUGUUGAACCACCAGGUUUUGGAGCCUUCAGCGCCCUGGGGCAAGCUUGCGCCACAGGGUCCGAUAGCCAGCAUUGCAGGAACCUAUGUGGGUGUGGCCAGUCCCAUACUAGCCUCCACCCUGCGCAGCAAAGACGGCAAGUGUGCUGCAUUUGUGGAAGACAUCCAGAGCAUUGCCAAGCAGGAGUCAAUCUCCAUAAUUGACCAGGGGGAACAGCUUGCCUCCAGGGGAAAGAAAGGGACGUCUGUGAGCAAGGAAACGCAGCACUCCAGUGGUUCAAAGCUCUCCAACAGUGUAAGCUCACCUGGAUCUCAGGUCUGUGUGUCCAAGGAUCCAUUCUCUGCAGCUUUGUCUGGAUCCACCAGCUCACUCAACUCUGGUAAGCCUGCGGGUGGGAAAGCGGUUAUGCCAAAGGCUUCCGCUGUCGACGUUACCUCGCGACCACAGGCAGGUCUGCUUCCCCACCAAAGAGCCUCGAAGCAGCAGAAGAUCCUUCAAGGGAGUACCAAGGCACAGCUGGUGACCAGCUGUCAUGGCACUCUGAUUCAUGGCCCCCGACAAAGCCCGUCCAAAGCAGAUGAGAAGAAGUGGGAACCAGCCAAGUGUCCACUGUCAAACUUGGAGUCAAUAGUGAAGCAGAAAGCACUGGAGACUACAGGGUUGGCCCAGGAUGAUAGUGGCACUCUGGACAUGUUAGGCCUAAGAAAGCCUGAGGUAGAAAAGCUGCACAUGGGUCACCAAGACGCCCCCUUUCGACAGGGCAGCGCUGGGGGUUUCCCGCCUUUCAGGUCUGUGAAGUGGAGGGAUGGGACAAUGGAAAGGGAUUCCUCACAGAGGGAUUCCAGUGCUGCCCGCAGGAGUGAUGAAGGAUGUGAUGCAGAGCGAAGGGGUGGCAUUGUGGACAGACAAGUUGGGCAAGAAGGGAACUCGGAGGGCAAUGGCUUCCUGGAUGCCAGCAGACCACCUACUCGUGCUGCCAGUACCAUGGCUGAUGGCCAAAAGAGGGUGCACGGCUUGACCCAGGAGGUUGAUGGAGGAGUGGGGAUGGGGGUGAAGCAUUCGGGUGAGAGCCUUUCCCCUUGCGUAAAGCUGGAGGGCAUCGCACUGUCCAUCCUGAAGGGCCAGCGCAGUGUGAUGACUGAGCUGGGCAGGAAGACGCCGGCAUCCAAGGGAAAAGCCAGAGCGAUCAAGGAGAAACGGCUGAGCAAGAACAACGUGGUGUCACCGGGUCCAACCAGACAGGCGGAGAAGGGGAGUCCGUCAGGAAGACAGGGACGCCAGGCCAAGAGGCCGAGGAAGUCGUGGGCACCUGGACUGGAGCCAUGCCAGACCCAGCCGACGCCACCUCCACCACCACCACCACCGCCACCAUCCCAGCAGGACCGAGAGCAGCAGGAAGAGCUACGUGGGGGGAGGGGUGGCCUCCCCCACACCGAGGAGGGUAACUUAAGUGGCCAGAAUGCAGAAAUGCCCAGCUCUACCAGUCCUGCCAGGGACAUGGGGGACAAUGACUCCCCCAGGCUGAGGAGGGGGCGGCGGCGGGGUGACCAAGCCCGACAGGCUGACUGGAGACCUCCCGGCCCGUCCCCUCCCAUUGCCCCUCUGGCUGUGCGCCGGCCCAGGGGGAGGCCUCGCUCCAACCCCCUGCCAAGCCCGGCUGACCUGGGGGGCGCAAGUCUGUCCCCCUGUGCCGAGAGCGAUGCUCCCGCCAACAAGAAGAGGAGGCGUCGUAGGAAUCGGAAGUACCAGAAUGGGGAGUACAUCGUGGAGAAAGAGCAGGUCGGGGAGGCUGAGGCGGAGGAGAAGUCUGCGAACCCUCCAAAGGGCACCAAGGCUGGGGCAGACCUGAGGCCUGCCUCUUACCCACGGCUCAGCGCUGCCUCCGCUGCCUCCUGCUGCACCCCAUGCCAGGAGCCCAACCCCCAGCGGGCCCUGCUCACCCGCUCUGGGUCAGUGCGCCACACAGAGGGCUGCUCCACCCCCGAGUCUGUGGACAAGCCUUCAGGAAAGCGGAAAUUCAAGAGCAAACAUUUGUGUGAUGGAGAAGAUGAAAAGAAGAUUAAGGGCAAACGCAGCGGCUCGGGAAAGCGCUCCCCAGCCGGCCCUGAUGUCGACAGCCCCACAGCAAAGAGAGCGGCAGGCCCCUGCGCCACCCCCAAGGUGCCGUCCUCUCCCAUGGCCGGCAGGAAAGGCAUGGCCCGGAAGAGCGGCAGUGCCCCAGAGCCUGCCAGUGCCCGGCCCGUGCCCCCCGAAGUCCGUCGGCUGAUCGUCAACAAGAACGCGGGGGAGACCUUACUGCAGCGCGCAGCUCGACUCGGUUACCAAGAGGUGGUCCUAUACUGCCUGGAGAAGGAUGUGCGGGAGGUGAAUCGCCGCGACAACGCCGGGUACACCGCCCUCCAUGAAGCCUGUGCUCACGGCUGGGCCGCCAUCGUGCAGCUCCUGCUAGAGCAUGGUGCCGAUGUCAACUGCAGUGCCCAGGAUGGGACACGGCCGAUUCACGACGCGGUUGCCAGCGACAACCUGCUGGUGGUGUGGAUGCUGCUGAACCAUGGUGCGGACCCCACCCUGGCCACCUACGCCGGACAGACGGCCGUGAAGCUAGCCCAGAGUCCCAGCAUGCGGGCGUUCCUCGAAGAGUACUUUACAGACCUGGAGGCCAGGAAUGAGGAGGACACCAGCCUGCCUUGGGACUUCUACAGCAGCACCGUGUUCGAGACCGAUCAGGAGGCAUGCUGGGAAUUCCUGCUGUCUUUGCCCGAGGAAGCGAAGGAGGAGGGAACAGAAAUGGCCACUGAGAAGGACCACUUCCUGUUCGAGUUCUCGGCGGAUCCCCUCCUGCCCUGUUAUCACGUGCAGGUGUCCCUGUCGCAAGGAUUCUGCAACUGGUUCCUCCUGUCCGACGUCCUGAAGCGGCUGAAGAUGUCGGCGCGCAUUUUCCGAGCCCGCUACCCGCAGUUCGAGGUGGCAAGCGUCCCACACGCAGAGCUGCGCCGCCAGGUGGCCGUGAGCCAAGUGACACCGGUCCCCCGGGGACUGUUGAGAGGCGAGGGCGAGGAGGAGGACAUGGAGGGGCCGGUUGAGCUGGUGCGGUGCGUUCCAGACUUGCAGGGACUGCUGGGCUCCACAGUCCAGAUUCUAGAGGAGGAGAGGUCAGACACGGCUGGAGCCUGCCGUCGGUAGCCUAGGCUGCCUGCCCACCCCCCUAAUCCUGACGUCCUCACAGCCCGUCUUCCCAGACCUUCCAAAGAUGGGCGGUUGGGUGGAAGACGGAGAGCCAGGAGUCGUCUUUGAGGAUAUUUUGCAGUUGGAUGAAACGGGGAUUGGGGCUCCAUUCCAUGGAGAAGUGAUCAGAACCAGGUCUGAUCGGAACCAGCUCUAAACAGAACCAGCAUUACCUGAAGGGGACAGUGUGGUACAAAAAGUGGGGAUGCCGCACUUUUGAAUCACGAGCAGAGAGGAUAUGUAGGGGAUACACCUCACAAUGCCUGCCUCUUUUGCACUGAGCAUAUUUAUCGGUGCCCAAUUACCAAGGCAGCGCCCCCUGGCUGACGGGAGGGGUCAAACACAACUCGAGGGUAGAAACUUUCAGGUUUCAAUCCAAGUAUUUUUCAGUAUUCAGUAAAUGUUUAAAGACCUUUUAUAUUCAUAUGUACAUAUAUUGUAAUAUGUACCACUUGCCAUCAGGGUGAACACAUUUUCAGUUGUUGAAUGUGUUAUUCGUCUAGGGGGAGGGAUGUUUCUCUUUUUGCCCAGUUAUUUUUGUGUUCAUCUCUGAGAGCAGCGCUGGUAAUCCUUGGCUUUCAUCUUGGUGGACUCUCGGAUGCAGCUAAGAGGCUUAAUCGCUGUUAGCCAUAGCGGGAGGCCCGCUGGAACAUAUGGUCCCUUGAACCUGUCAGCUACCUGCUCUGGGAGGAGCCUAUGGACCCGGUGCACGCCACGCCAUACCCGCUGCUCCCCCCGUUCAGCGUUUCUACACCAAAGUCAUGCUCCCCUGUCCCUCUGUCUUCAUCUUUCCCAUUUUCCGGCUGUGUUUGCAACAACCACUGAGACAUGUCUGCUCUCCUCCUUACACUACAUCUGUUCAUGACGUCCUACUGAAAAUCAGCAAAUGAACUUUUUUUUUUUUUUUACCCAGAGUGCCCUCCAUCCUUCAGUUGUGUGUGGUCAGAGACCCUUACAUUUAAUCCUGUGGCAAAUUUUUUUUAUUCUGGGAAAACUGCGUGACUAAGAAAAAAUGUCUCCCCUGCACAUGCCAUGACUGCAACCCCGUCUCGCUCCAGAGGGCUUGUGGGAAAGAUCAGUGGCCUCUCGCUGAUUGGCCCUUGAUGUUGUAAAGGACUCCGCCCUGGUGGGAGGAGCAUGUUUUAUUUCCACUGUUUUUGAUUGGUGUACUUGCUUAAUUUAAUAGACUUUGUUAUUAAUAUAUUUGACCUCUUUGUGUAUCUGGGAAAAAUGAUUUAAAGAGAUGCUUUAUAUGGUUGGUUGGUGCUUUAUUUGAAAUGUACAACUCGUCCCUUAUUCAGAGCUGUUUUGUCACCCCUUGCGUACAAUAUCUUCGACGAGCAAAAGUACAGUUUUAUUGUACUGGUGCUAAGCUAGAUUUUGUGUUGACAAUCAAUGAAGUUUUUUUUUCUUUUUGUUGGACAUUUUAGAUGAAGUUUUGUUGGACGUAUAGACAAAUAACUUAUAUUUAUAAGAGACCUAGAAAUGUAAAAGACAGUUAACUCAUCCUCUCUACCUGUGGCAUAGUUCUGAUGAGUAGGAUGGCGACUCAACUUGAAACUUGGGUUUUUGUGAAGAUGCAGAUGUUCUGGCUUGAAUAAGCUGUGUUGUAAUAGGAGAUGAGCGUUAAAUGAUUUUUUAAUGAAAUCAACCAGAAUAAAGCAUGAACGGUGCUU